CUGUGUUGGGCCCUACCCUACCCUCCGGUCUGUGUUGGGCCGUACCCUACCCUCCAGUCUGUGUUGGGCCGUACCCUACCCUCCAGUCUGUGUUGGGCCGUUCCAGGCGGUUAUUAGUAUUACGUCGUAGGACCUGAAUUGGCUCGGGUGGACCUGAACCACACCAGAAAACGGAUAUAUACAUGUUUAUGUAUAAAUAUAUAUUUUAAACGCACAAUUAAAUGGAAAAAUAUGUAAAGCGUCUGAAGAUAUAAUGCAAAUGCUUAUUUACAAAUAUAUUAUGGAUUUUAGUAUGUUAAUUAAAAAGCAUCUAUUCUUGGAAACCAUAUAUAUUUCUUCUUACAUUUAUCCUUUGCAAGGAUUUUACCUCACUUAUAUUUUUAUAUAUUUGUAUGCAGAUACAAAUAAGUGAAGUAAGAUCCUUGCAAAGGAUUAAUGUUAGAAAAAUAAUCUUUAAUUAACAUCCUAAAUAUAUAUCUUCCCCUAUAAUGAGUACAUAGUAUGUUCAUAAAUUAUAAAUGAGAUGUAACUGUGAACACUGGUUAGGAAAAUAUAAAUUAAAAAAUUAACACAUUAUUUGACCACUCUCAUUCAUAAUGAAAAACAAUGUUCACAAAUUGUUCAACAUGAUAGGACUGAGUGUAUAGGUGAACAGUGUUAAGUCAUUACCUUUAAUUAUUUGAAUAAUAUUAAGACACACACUGCACAGGUAAAGGUAUAUAUAUCCUUGAAACAACAAAUACCUGUGCCCAGUGUUGUGAAUGGUUCUAUAAACACUAGUCAGCUUGAUAGGUGUUCAGGUGAUCCUGUAUAUUGUCACCUCAUUAUAGUCAAUUAGUGUCAGCUUGGGUAUAUCACUCAAUACAGCAGCCCUGUAGUUUGUAUAUAAACUGUGUAUAGUUUCACUGCAGACAUAGCCACUCAUAGUCUCUGCUUUACUAGUGCUUUACUGUUAAUCUUGUAUAUAAUAAUUCAUCAUUUUUAAUACUUAUUGUUAGACUAGAUAUUUUUCCUACAUUUUCAACAGAUAAUUUUACCAAGUAAUUGUGUAGUGCUAAUAGUGUUGUUAGUUUAUUUUCAUGAUGGCCACCUUAGUGUUUGGCAAUUCUCAGAUUAGGUAUUUUUACCAACAUUUUGAAAAUGGAAAUGAAUGUGACAUACAUGUUAUUUCCAAAAGUGGAUUAACAUUUCAAAACGCUUGGAAUCAGUUGAAGAACUUGGUAACAAAUUACAAAAUUUUGGUCCUCCACUUGGGUUAUGAUGAAUUGGCUAAAAGGGAAACUGAUGAAGAAGUUCUUUCAAAGUACCAAACUCUUGUAGAAAAUAUCUGGAAAAUCAAUCCAACAAUACAUAUAGUGAUUUCAGCAAUACCACCAAGAGGUGACAAUAAAUUCAGCAACAUUCUUGUGAAAGAUUCCUAUAUUAGGUCAAUCAAUGAAGAGGCUAUGUCAGUUAAUCAGGGACUUUCUGCUGUUUCAGCACUUAUUGAUCAGCUACAUUUUACAGGGCAUGGCUAUUUCAUGACAAAUGGUUGUCUAGACAGGUCACUUUUAGGUAGGGAUGGUGUUCAUUUCAGCAUGUCAGGUGUUAAGACAGUUUUUAAAUCAAUCCUAAGUUGUGUUAGAUAUGUAUCUGGACAGUUUAUGAAAAGCAAGCAGAGUGAUAGGUCAGGCAAAGAUACUAGUGUAGGUAAAGAUGUAUGUACUGUAUCUGAUACUCCCAUAAGAAGUGAUAGGUCAGACAAAGAUGUAUGUACUGUAUCUGAUGUUGAUACUCCCAGUAGUAGUGAUAGGUCAGACAAAGAUGUAUGUACUGUAUCUGAUGUUGAUACUCCCAGUAGUAGUGAUAGGUCAGACAAAGAUGUAUGUACUGUAUCUGAUACCCCCAGUAGUAGUGAUAGGUCAGACAAAGAUGUAUGUACUGUAUCUGAUACCCCCAGUAGUAGUGAUAGGUCAGACAAAGAUGUAUGUACUGUAUCUGAUACCCCCAGUAGUAGUGAUAGGUCAGACAAAGAUGUAUGUACUGUAUCUGAUACCCCCAGUAGUAGUGAUAGGUCAGACAAAGAUACCAGUGUAGGUGAAGCGAAGAUUUGUGAUCGUCAACAUGGUGGUGGAGUCGAACCAUAUAUGGUGAGAAAUAAUGAGCUGCAUGUAAGUGAAAUUAUUGACAUCUUACAAAAUUGGUAAGUACUCCAGCAGUUAAACCGUCAGGUGGGGAAGCUUUUAUGAUUCAAGGGAAACAUGUUGAUGAUAGAUAUUCAUUAGUGCUUUAAAUAAUAAAUAGGUUUUCAUCUGCAGCCCGCCUUGUGCGUAUAAAUGCUCGGAUGUAAAUCAUUAAUUAGUGGUGUUUUUUAGAUAUUUAUUUAGAUGUUUACUAGUGCUUUUGUAUAAUAUGUUUUAUGUUAUUAGGGCUAGACUGCAAGAGUGCAAUUAUGGGGACUGCUCUGCGUACCUUUGGACAUUGUCCACACCCUUGUGGCUAGUUCACAUAACUUUAUAGGAUAUAUACUAUUUAAUUGUGUAAUUUAGAAAUAAAAUAAAUUAAUUCUGAGAGUCUCAUUUUUUCAUUACACUGAUUGAAACACAUAUUCACAUAUAUUUUCUUGUCACUUGAUCGGUACUCAAAAUAUUUUCUAUAAUAAAAUUAUAUGGACUCAUUGUAGAACCACGUCCUCGUCGUUGAGUCUGGAAACAUUUCAAAUGGCCAAGAGUUCUACAUCAUUCUAAUUUGUUUUUUCAAAUGAAAAUGGUGUUUCGACAUGUAAUAACACCCAUUCUUGCAUAAAACACCGAGAAAUAACACAUUAAUAAUCAAUAAACACCUUUAAAACCCAUUCAGGUCCAGAUUCAGGUCCUUUCAGGCCCAUUCAUGUCUUUAGGAGGACCCGUAUUACCACCUUCCUUUCACUCGCACCUACCUGAGGACACCCCCUAUCGCCGAAGAAAAUUUCUAAAACUGGCGACUUUUGUUUGUUUUUGUGAACAAUGAUGAAAAUAAAUUGUUUCUUCAACUUAAUCUUUGUUUAAUUAUACACCAUGUUAUACAAGUUAAUGUAUAGAAGGUUAAGAAGUAUGUGUGAAUAUUUCUAAGUACUUUUAUUUACAAAUAAACUUGACAAGAUGAUCCUACAAAAGGUUUCCACAGUGUUCUGUUCGUUGCUGUUUAUUUUGUCAUUAUGUUACACAAGUUAAUGUAUAGAAGUGUGAAUAUUUAAUACAUUUACUUAUUAAACACUUCGACAAGAUGAU